AUGGGCGGCGAGGCGGGGUCCGCGACGGCGGCGGCGGGCUUCGAGGGCCGCGUGAAGAGCCUGGGUCUGGUGUUCGAAGACGAGCGCAAGGGCUGCUACUCGAGCGGCGAGACCGUGGCUGGACACGUGCUGCUGGAGGCGGCCGAGCCGGUGGCCCUGCGCGCGCUGCGCCUGGAGGCCCAGGGCCGUGCGACCGCCGCCUGGGGCCCGAGCGCCGGUGCCGCUGCCCCGGCGGCCGCCUCGGAGGUGGAGUACCUCAACGUGCGCCUCAGCCUGCGCGAGCCCCCGGCCGGGGAAGGCAUCCUCUUACUGCAGCCUGGAAAACAUGAAUUUCCAUUUAGUUUUCAGCUUCCAUCUGAACCUCUGGUAACCUCCUUCACUGGGAAAUAUGGAAGCAUUCAGUACUGUGUGAGAGCGGUUUUGGAGCGACCCCAGGCACCUGAUCAGAGCGUUAAGCGGGAACUCCAGGUCGUCAGUCACAUCGAUGUCAACACACCAGCAUUACUAACCCCUGUAUUGAAAACUCAAGAGAAAAUGGUUGGCUGUUGGUUUUUCACUUCUGGUCCAGUCUCGCUGAGUGCCAAAAUUGAAAGAAAGGGAUACUGCAAUGGAGAAGCUAUUCCGAUCUAUGCAGAAAUAGAGAAUUGUUCCUCGCGUCUGAUUGUUCCCAAAGCUGCCAUUUUCCAGACUCAGACAUACCUGGCCAGCGGGAAGACAAAGACCGUGCGGCUCAUGGUGGCCAACGUGCGCGGGAACCACAUCGCCUCCGGGAGCACCGACACCUGGAACGGGAAGACCCUCAAGAUCCCGCCCGUGACCCCGUCCAUCCUGGACUGCUGCAUCAUCCGCGUGGACUACUCCUUAGCCGUGUAUAUUCACAUUCCUGGUGCUAAAAAGCUGAUGCUCGAGCUGCCCUUGGUGAUCGGCACAGUUCCAUACAAUGGUUUUGGCAGCAGAAACUCCAGCGUUGCCAGCCAGUUCAUUAUGGACAUGAGCUGGCUGACACUGACUCUGCCGGAGCAGCCCGAAGCACCACCAAAUUAUGCAGACGUGGUGUCAGAGGAAGAAUUCUCUAGACACGUUCCUCCUUACCCUCAGCCCCCUAAUUGUGAGGGAGAGUCAUGCUGUCCUGUGUUUGCCUGCAUCCAGGAAUUCCGAUUUCAGCCUCCGCCACUUUAUUCAGAGGUUGAUCCACAUCCUAGUGACGUAGAAGAGACCCAGCCUGUUUCCUUCAUUCUUUGA